GGUGAGUCGAGAUCGUGACCGUUCUACUUGACUUUUCGCGCCGUUUUAGGCUUCUCCCGGCCGUUACAACGAUGGAGGGAUAACAGGUUGCUCAGCUCCAUCUGUCUGUGUUGCCAUGGUAACAAUGGCAAGUCCUGAGGAGGAGUACCAGGAUUACCAGGACCUCCUUGAGGAGCACUGUUACAUCAUCACUGAGAUGCUGGACCCUAUCAAGGUUGUACCAUACCUCCGGUCCAAACAUGUGAUGGACGAAAACGACUAUGAAGAAAUCGAAGCAAAGGACACUCGCAAGAAGAAAGCAAUGCACUUUGUGAACCUACUGAAGGGAAAAGGUCCCGAGGGCUACGGACACUUCAUCGACAUCCUGGAGAAGGUGAUGCCUCACCUGUACAGACUCCUGACCAAUAAAGACCCGCGCAGGCAGUCGUCUAUCAGCAGCUAUGGACAGGAGGAGG